GUUUACAACACCUUUUUUCCCCAUCACUUUCCCCAACUCAACAAUCUAAAAUUACACAGUUUGUUUGUUGUGUUUUAUAUAUAUUUCUUGUUAACAAUUACGACUUAUUAUCUGGUCGUAUAAGAAUUGGCUUGAUUCAUCUUAAUCCACCAUCCAUAAAAAAGUUUUCGUUAAAAAAAAAAUGAAUACAGUGCGUCCAUGCGGGUGUAAAGGUAUGCGUAGUUGCUUGAAGUGCGAACAGGAUUUCCAUAUUAAAAAAGUCAGUCUUAGAGAAAAUUUAGAAAAAUUUGAAUCCUUGGCAUAUUGUGUUGAAUGUGGUCGUUUUUAUCCUGGCUGGGAACCAGAAAAAGUACGGGAACAACAUCUGUGGCAUCAGGAACAAGUGGGUAUUGAUUUGCCUGGUGUUGUCGUAAAAGAAAACUUUCUUACCAUAAAAGAGGGUCAACAGCUGUUGGACAACAUAGACCACUUGCUGCCUUGGACUUUAUCCCAAAGCGGCCGACGUAAACAGAAUUUCGGCCCAAAAACCAAUUUCAAAAGACGUAAAUUAAGAAAUGGUCAGUUUAAAGGCUUCCCCGAUUUUACUGCUUUCAUACAACAUCGAUUUAAGGAAAUAAACAUUCUGGAUAAUUUUCAAACUAUUGAACAAUGUAGCUUGGAGUAUGAUCCCAGUAAAGGAGCUUCAAUAGAUCCACACAUUGACGAUUGUUGGAUAUGGGGCGAACGAGUUGUAACCGUUAACUGCUUGGGAAAUGCGGUGCUAACAUUAACAUUAUACGAAGAGGCUAAAGAUUUGCAUAAUUUGAGUAAAUUGCAAAAAUAUAAUCUGGCUGUGGUGGCUGAUUAUCAACAGUUUCUAAGAGAGCCUUUAUUUCCGAAGGAAAAAAUACAAAUUUUUGAAAGUAAAGUUUUAAGGAUUCCCAUGCCAAACUUGUCUUUAAUAGUCUUAUAUGGCCCAGCACGCUACCAAUUUGAGCAUUCUGUCUUAAGAGAAGAUAUUUUGGAAAGACGUGUAUGUUUAGCAUAUAGAGAAUUUACAGCGAUGUAUUUGAAAGACGGCGAGUUUUCUGAUAAGGGAAAGGAGAUUCUACAAAAUUCCUUAAAAAUUUGUUGUACUCGUGAAAAUAAAAUAUAAAAA